AUGAUGUAUGUGACACCUAGAGUAUUUUUGGUCAUCAACGACUCUACAGAAAACUCCGAGGUGUUGCAGUCGCUUCUCAAAGACCUCUCCUGGGUUCAAAAUCUGAGCUUGCUCAUCACUUCUUCACAUCCCUUGACCAUAUCUUCGAACGAACAGGUCACGGUAGACAUCGAUGCAUUGUACUUGGUUGACCAUCGCAGGCGUAGCCUCAGUCGAGCUAUGAAUUCCAGGAUAGCGGAGAUCGAGAGAAACAACCCAAAUGACGAUCAACGUCAGUCACAACUGAUUGACGAAGCAUUCGAACGAAUAAUGAAUCACACCACAAAGGACAGUGGAUAUGAGGACCUAGCCAUGGCUGCAUAUGAUGUUGUCAGACAUGCGAUCCGGCAACUCAAGGAGUACGAGUUCAUGAUAGCCGUUCGUCAUGUUCUUCGUUGUCGUCGCCCUCACCCAAUAACUUAUCCGACCAUCACCGAUGUGAGAGAAGCUACCGGAGGGUUGUUGGUCGUCCAGCAGACAUCCGUUGUCAGUGUCUUCCAUCCUUCUUUGUCUGGCUACUUUCAAAGAGAGCACCCUCGCUGGUUCCCGGCGGGACAUGCUAACAUGACUCUGGCAUGCCUGACAGUUCUCAUGUCAGAGGCUGUUCCCACAGACACAGGUGGAACCGGGAACUGGGCCACCGGCUCCUUGUUCGGAUAUGCGGCUUGCACAUGGGGCCAACAUCUCCGUGCCUGCUCACCCAGUCUGACGUUGGAGGACAUGGCCAUGCAGUAUCUCGAGGACGAAGAGAGGUUCAAGAUAGGUACUAUGACCGCUUUCAUUCUGCAGCAAGAAGAGAUGACCUACGGUUUUGACAUCAGCGACGGCCUGGCACCAGUACAUGUUUGCUCUAUCUUUGGUCUCACCAAUCUACUCAAACGCCUGCCUCGCACAGCACUCAGCAGAGUUUCGUUCACUGGCCGCACACCGCUUGCUUAUGCGUGCGAAAUGGGUCAUGUCGAUACGGUAGAUUUCCUGUUGUGCUCGGACGCCGAUGCGGUUGAGUAUUUCGGCGCCCAGUUCACUGCUACUCACGAGGCCAAGUUUACCGCUCUCCAAGAGGCCAUCAAAUCAAGGCGGUUGCCCAUAGUGGAAACACUGUUGGGCUCAUCUGUGCUGAAGCUUACACCAAGAACCCUAGAGGGAGACGGGGCAAUCUCCAUUCUGCUAUCCCUUCUACAGCUCGAAUCAAUCGAUAUCCUCAGAGUGGCAAUCGCCCGCGGUGAUCUUCGCUUCGGUCGCUGUGACCAUGAUGGCAGAUCUCCGUUGUGGUGGUUGCUCAGUAAAUCAUAUGCUGAUCGCUGCCCCAAGUUCCAACUCAGUGCUACUCAGCUUCUACUGCAACAACCAGACUGCGACAUCAAUGCGGUCGAUCUUGGAGGCCGGACGUACGUCAUGCGAUUCCUCAGUGCUCGCAUCUUCAGUCCUGAGUUGCUUCGCUUGCUACUUGACAGUGGCGCUGAUGUGAACCGAACGGAUGAGAAAGGGGAAAGCGCGAUCUUCCACGCUAUGACUCUACGAUACAGCCUUCAAAUGACCUCGAUACUGGUCGAAUACGGGGCAGAUCUUGAUGUCAAAGACCAGUACGGUCAAGGGCUGCUGCACAGGAUUGUGAAGGGCAUGGACAAUAUUCACGACCUUCGAUAUCUUGAUUUUCUCAUCGAACAUGCGCCUACCCUCAUCAACUCCCAGGACGAUAGAGGCCGAACUCCCUUGCACUUAGCAUUGGUCCUCGGUAAGACUAAUUUGGCCAAGGAGCUUCUUAAGCGGGCAGCAAAUGUCAAAACCCUGGACAAGUUUGGAAGAGCUCCGUUCGAUGUUGCUUGUCAGUAUGGGCGUACUGCAAUACUCGCACUACUUGCGCCUGUUGAUGUCUUGAAGAUUAGUCUGGAUAUCGUACCAGAACAAUCGGAUGUGAUCUCCGAAGCACGGCAAUCUGCUCCCGUGCGCAUUCAUCACCCCAGUCGCACCUCUGUUUCGAAUGUUCGAGGGUUGCGUCGAAUCCAAAGCGAUCAAGACCUUCACGUCUCCCAGGUCGAGCCUGUCCAGCCGAUUGGACUUCGGAACAGAGAGCGCAUCCAGCAAGUCACAAGUCCGGAGAAGGACAGCCAUGACGAGAACACUACAAUGUCGGCCCCUGGCGAGGUAAUUCUCGAAACGCAGCUGGACACACUACCCGCGUGGUCCCUCACCUUUUUAGGUAAGUGCAAUGGCAACAUCUUAGGUCGCGAACUAAUACGUCAUACAGGGCGAUUCGACAAACUCCUGGACAAACUACAAAAGAAUGAAUGCCCAGAUCCCCUCGAAAAAUGUCCCGAUGACGGCAACACAGCUUUGCACACAAUCAUCAAAUCGAUCACAAUAUUACCGUCACAUAUAACAGCGUUGAGAGCUAGAGCUCUUGAGGCGCUUUUAUCAAAGGUCAGAACCAACUGCAGCCCUCAAAACGAGUACCUAGAGACGCCCCUGCAUAAAGCCAUUGCGCUUUGUAAGCCCGAGAUCGCAGUGAUGCUCAUCAAGGCUGGUGCUGCCCUCGACUUGCGCGACAAUCUGGACAGGACACCCCUGGACCUUGCACAAGAGCUAGACGCUGUUCAGAUUGUGACUGCAAUCCAAGAGGGUCUUUCCGGAAAGGUCGACGCACAAGCAGAGACGCACGAGGCGUACGAGAAGAUCAUCAACCAAUCGAUCUUGGGUACUCCACAUGAAGCUUUUGCCAUGGCCGCUCUCGAGAUUGUCAUCUAUGCGAUGCGUCCCUUGACCACGACAGAAUUUGAGCAUGCUCUUACAGUUCUUAUUCAAGGUCGAGACCCAGGGCCUGUCCCAAGCGUAAGUGUCAUCGAGGCAGUUACAAACACCAAGAGCUUGCUUACUAUACUGCAAAACUGUGUGGUUUUUACUAGAGAUUCUGUGUCUGCUUAUUUCGACAAGACGCGUGAUCGAUGGUUCCCAUCCGGGCAAGCAAACCUCGCCUUCACCUGUCUAAGGGUUCUCAUGUUUCAUGAUCUACCUGGAGAUCCAGACUCAGAUUGGGCAUCAAAGUCUUUGUACAAGUAUGCGGCUUGUGAGUGGGGCAGACAUCUCCGCGCGUACUCGCCCAAGCUUUACUUUGUGGAAGACCUGGCUCUCAGAUACGUUGCGGAUACCAAACGUCUCAAGGUCGGCAACAAAAUCGCAUUUCUCGAGAUGGCCUAUGGCUUCGAGGUGUAUGAUUCCGAUUUUGAGAACGGCUUGGGAGCUGUACAUGUGUGUUCGCUUCUCGGUCUUACGAACAGCAUUCAUCGUUUGAUGGCCAACUUGGUCGAUCUCAAACCGGUGAUCGACAGCCGAACCCACAGACAGAGAACGACGCCGCUUAUGUACGCCGCGUCAAUGGGUCAUCUUGACACUGUCGAGCUUCUUCUGGAGCUUGGAGCGGAUCCUCACUUGACCAACUCUAAAGGCCACACCGCAUUGUAUGAGGCGCUCAUCCAUCAAAGUCACAAAGUAGUCAUACAUUUCUUGAAGUCUCCUACUAUCAGACCUGAUACCAUUAUCACGGAAAAUACUAGAAGUACCGCACUCAUGCAUCUCGAGAGCUUCUCGUCACUUGAAUCUAUUCGCGCUCUUCUGCAACGCUCAGAUAUCGAUAUCAACGAGUGCGAUCAGCACAGCCAAACAAUGCUUUCGCAUCUUCUUACGGAUUCCGCGGGUCACACACGAGAGCUUAGGAUCGAGGUCGCCAAGCUGAUUCUCGACAAACCUGAUUUUGAAAUUGCAGCAACCGACGACACUGGUAGAAGUUAUGUUCAGCAACUUCUCGAGAGUGCUAGUUAUGAUGAGAAGUCACUCCAGCUCUUGCUGGACAAGAACAUCGACAUCGAGCAUAGAGACUAUGCAGGAGAGACCGCGAUCUUCUACGCCAUUUGUCACCAGCCAUCAACACGAGCAGCUCACAAUCUCCUAGAACACGGUGCGAAGAUCGAGACUAAGAAUUAUUCAGGCGACGGGGUGAUGCACUGCGUCGUGAAGCACUAUCAUGAAUCUCGUACCCUGCUUUCCAUGACAACCUUAUUGAGUCUGGAAUGGACUCUUGUUGAUUCUCAAGACAAGCAAGGUCGGACGGCCUUGCACAAAGCAUUGUCUCUUGGUGAAAUCGAACUAGUGUGGGAAAUCUUGAAACAUCAGCCAAAUGUUGAUAUUUUGGAUGACUUUGGGAGAAACGCACUCGAGGUCGCUUGCCAGUAUGGUUGCGUGGCAUAUGAUGACCAUGCAACCUCCUUCGAAGCAGCAUUCGGCAGGUCGAACGAGCUUCUGUCACCUCUUCUGUCACCUCUAGUAGGAACAAGCCCAACAAUAGGCACGCGUCUGCCUGGCUGGUCGCUGGCAUAUCUUGGUAAGUAA